AGGAUGGGACGGGCCAGGUUCCAACAUUGAUGAACAUCUGCAUGAUAAAGAAUUCCCGAUUACAUGUAAAUCAAAGGGCUCCGCGAACCUUUUCAAUCUUUCUACUAUAGUGUCCAGUAACAUAUUAGAUAUUGGACUUAUCAGAUCAGAAUUGAAGGAAUUGGAAGGGAAAAUCGAAAAAAACGUUGGAAAUGUUGAGAAAAAAGAUUCGGAAAAUUGUGAGACGUGCGUCACGAAUAAGAAUCAAUCUUCCGAAUACAUCGAUCUUCGUGACAAGGUUGUUCUGCAAUCUAAACAAAUUACUGAUUUAAUGACAAACUAUGCAAUUCGAUCUGUUGCAAUGAAACAACUUGAGAGGAUAGCUGCUCGACAAUCUGUCGUUAUCGAAGAGUUGAAGACAGAUUUGAUUAAAGUUCAAGGAAUGAAUAAUAAGUUGAUGGAAGACAACAAUAUGAUGAGCAAAACGAUAUCACGGAUUGAACAAAAACUUGCUGAAGAGAAUUCUCCACAGCUUCAAAUUACCGAACCAACAACAACAAUUCAAACAACAGUAAAACCAAAUUCACUAUUAGAAGACUGCAAAUUAAAAAUUGGAAAUAUCUGCUACUUUGCUGUGGUAAAUUUACUUCAAAAUGUCAGCUACAAUGAAGCUGCUGAAACUUGUGAGAGACGCAAGGCAGAUGUUGUUCUGUUUCGAGAUGAAAAAUCUUACAAUGCUGUUGUGAAUUACACAAGGAAUACUCUGGGAGGACGAACUAUGACUUCUAUAUGGACAGGAAUUCACAUUGAUCCAAUGACUCAUGACGUUGCACCUGCAGAAUCCUUUGUUAAAUGGCGUCCAGGAUUUCCAUUCACAGGAAGAGUUUUUAAAAAUCGUACAAAUGUUUAUCUUGAUGUUUAUUCGAACCCGAAUCGUUUCCAAGGGAUGGUGAAUGUUCACCCUACAUGGAAGCUUUUCGGAGUUAUCUGUGAGAUCCUGGUAUAACUAUACGUCAGCCUGGUUACAUUUUAUUUCACUGGAUCUAUCAUAAGUAAAAUUAAAAUCAUCGAUUCUCAAUUUAAAAUUUGUUGUUUCGGUUUUGAUUUGGAAAAUAAAUAUCGCAACAAUA